AUGCAUCAAGAAGAUCCGGGCUCUAAUCCGGACGCAUCAAGGCUGGGGUCAAAGGUUACAGAGCAAGUCAGCCAGUCUCAAUCUAUAGCUUCUUCCUUGCCUUUGUUUGAGGAAAAACGGAAGAUGCCUAAAAAACUUAGGAAAGAAAGAGGACAAAGAGAUCUGACUGACAAUCCCCUUCUAGUUUCAACUUAUUUAAACUUAGAAAGGGAAUCGGUAAGAAUGGAGGGAGGGCUAGUAAGUAAGAAAGAGGUCAAUUACAUCGAGCCUUUUGGAAGGAAAGAACUUGAUGCCCAUUUUGACGUGGUUUUCAUGUAUCGAUUGAUUAGUUUAGGGUCGGACCAGCUCCUUAACGGAAGGAAGGAACUACGCUUGGAACUCCGACCGGCAUAUUGGCUGGUCAAUCCCUAUCUGGAAUAG